AGCAGUUGGGCAUAUGUUUUCAUCUUCCCCUGGAUAUUCAACAGAACUUCAUCACUCAUCCCUUUCACCUCAUGAAAAACACUCUAGAAAUGCUCAUUUUAUUUCACAGUCAAUGAGCAACAUGGCUUCGGUGCCAUUACCGUAAUCUUCAGAUAAUGGUCCACUACCUUCUACAACAUCAACACAUUAUUCCAAUGGAAGCAGUGCUUCAUGGAAUGCAGAUUCCUUGCCUAGCUUUCUUGAUUUCUCUGUGAAUGCCUCAAUUGAUAAUAACCAAGUAGAGAGCAGUGCCUGCAAUAUUAUGGCUACUGAGGAGUUUCCUAAGCGAAAUGAUUGGCAGGAGUGGGCUGACCAGCUAAUCAGUGACGACAAUACUUUGACUUCUAAUUGGAAUGAUCUUCUUGCUGAUAAUAUUCAAGAUUGAGCCAAAGGCGGCGGAUCCCAUUUCGACGUCAUCUUCACAAUUUUCGGCAGGACACCAAUCGCAAGGCCACCAACAACUUCCAGCUCUAUCUGGAGAAAACCAUGUUGGUGUCGCUCCAUCUUCCUCAGCAAAUUCUGCACCUGCCAAGCCACGGAUGCGUUGGACUCCUGAGCUUCACGAGGCAUUUGUGGAGUCUGUUACCCAACUUGGCGGGAGUGAAAGAGCUACCCCUAAGGGUGUGCUGAAGCUCAUGAAAGUUGAAGGAUUAACUAUAUAUCACGUUAAAAGCCACUUACAUAGUUACAUGUACCAUUUGAUUUAUCUUCCAAGAAAUACAGGACAGCUGGAUAUAGACCAGAGUCUUCUGAAGUUAGGACUUUGGAUUAGGAUACCAUUGGCUAUUAAGUUAUUGAAGUAUGAAUUAUGA